AUGAAGGUGAGGGUGAGGGUGAUGCUCAGGGUGAAGGUGAAGCUCAACUUGAGGCUCAGGGUGAGGGUGAUGCUCAGGAUGAAGGGUGAGGAUGAGGAUGAGGGUGAUGCUCAGGGUGAAGGUGAGGCUCAGGGUGAGGAUGAGGGUGAAGGUGAGGCUCAGGGUGAGGGUGAGGGUGAUGCUCAGGGUGAAGGUGAAGCUCAACUUGAGGGUGAGGGUGAUGCUCAGGAUGAAGCUGAAACUCAACUUGAGGGUGAGGGUGAUGCUCAGGGUGACGAUCAGGGUGAGGGUGAGGAUCAGAGUGAAGGUCAGGUUUAG